AUGAGUCGACAGCGCCUUCUUUGGGGUCAGGACGCCCAACACUGGGAUGACGAUGGUUUUUCCGACGGCACUCAGAAUAGUGCAGAAGUUCGGCACCACCCUCAGCCUUAUGACCACGUCCCGUCUGCCGAGGAGCAGCCCAAGACUCGGGAUGUGGGCAACCACACCAGUGACACCACCACAGUUGGGCCAGAGGACGCUCACCAACCCCCGAAGAAAAUCAGCUGGUGGCUAUGGUUCAUCAUCUUGACUUCCCUCAUCAUCUUGUUUGGGGCUGUCACGUUCUUGUCCUGGCUUUGGUUCCAGGACCGCGAAGACACAACAUGGCGACGUGUGAUGCUCAGCGGAAGGUCGACACAAGCUAUUACCCUGACGGGAGUGCUCAUCAGAGCGGCCAUUGGAUCACUUGCCGCCAUCAUGACGUCCAUGAUUGCGUCCAUAGCCGUUGAACGCCACGGCGUGCCAAAAUCUGCAAUUGCCGAGGUCUCGAUCGCCCGCUUCACGAAUGCCGGGCCACGGUCGUUCUCCAAGCUUCUUCUCUCCGGCGCAACCUUCAAAGGCUAG